UCACCAGAGUCAUCUCCCCUGCCAAAACACGCGGUGCACAUAGCCUAGACACAGCAAUGACACAAACAGGGACGAAAUUAUAUUUAAAUACAAUAUAUGAAUACAAAAAGGAAUUUGAUUUGCAUCAAUGGCUCUAAUAUUCGCUGUAAGAUCUACAAAAUAUUUUCGAAACACUGUUAGUGUAUCUAAACUAUAUCAUCGUCAUAUUUCUUGUUUAAACACGGUUCAUCAUAUUUCUCAUCGAUCGUCUGCUGAUAUAUUUUAUUUACCAUGUCGUUGGAAAAAUUCCGGCCAAAACAAGGAUUUAAGUUCUUUAUUCUAUCCUGUGAGAGCUUCUCCGAUGAAUAAAGACAGUGAUAAUAUCGGGGCCGAACUCAGUGGGACACUUAAUAAAGCCGACUUAUUGCAAUUGUUAAAUACAUUUUAUCAGAAGCCUGAAAUCCGAGCACUUGCUGCUGAGAAUGGAUUAGACAGAAAACUUUUUCAUGAAGCUUACAUCAGUUUCCGACAGUUUUGUUCAGCGCUUCAAAACUUGAAUGCUGACCUUUACAUCAUAAUGAAUGACAUCAUUCAUGGAGCUGGUCACGUUAAUGAUAUUUUCCCAUAUUUCCUGCAACAUGCUCGAGAAGUGUUCCCGCAUCUUGUUUGUAUGGAUGAUCUGAAAAAAAUCAGUGAUCUCAGGCUACCAGCCAACUGGUAUGGAACCCCUUGUGAUCUUGUGACUGGUGAGGAACGACGCUUUGCUAGUGAAGAUGAGACUUCUUCUGAGCAUGUGGCCUCUACUAUUGAAAUGACUAAUAUUAAUAUGUUAUAUGAAGUGGCCAUCAUUGAUGAAAUUCAAAUGAUCAAGGAUGUCCAGAGAGGCUGGGCUUGGACUCGCGCUUUGCUAGGGAUCUGUGCUGAAGAGAUUCACCUCUGUGGUGAAGCAUCAAGUUUAAAUCUAGUCCAGGAAUUAACAGAAAUCACUGGCGAUACAUUAGAGGUCCGGAGAUAUAAGAGACUGACCAGCCUUAAGUAUUUGGAUAAAGCUGUUGGUUCCUUCAGUAAUGUACGACCUGGCGACUGCUUUGUAUGUUUCAGUAAGAAAGACAUCUUCUACAUUAGCCAAGAAUUAGAGAAGCGAGGCAAUGAAGUAGCUGUGAUCUAUGGAGGUCUUCCACCUGGAACAAAACUAGCUCAGGCCCAGAAGUUUAACGAUCCUACAACUAGCUGUAAAAUCAUGGUAGCUACUGAUGCAAUUGGUAUGGGUUUGAAUUUCUUGUGCUGCAUAAGAAGCAGUCAUGCUGGUGUCAUGUUGAAAGUGGACAUCUUUGUGACUCUGUCACAACUGGACAGCAAUCUAUAUUUCAUGUGUAAUAUUGACGACUUUAAAUUUCUGGCCGACAUGAUAGAACAUGUCCCUUUGUCGCUGAGGGUUCGUUAUGUUUUUUGCUGUUCACCGAUUCCUAAAAAGCAACCGUUUGUCUGCACUGGUUUUCUCAAGGUUAGUCAACCCAUUUUCACUGGUUACCGCUUCCCAGACAUGUUUCCAGAUGUCGAACAAGUGCGCUACAUGCAACACGAACUCGACUCCAUCAUUCAAGUUGGUGUAUUUAACAUCACCAGUUUGCUGAAGUCCAGCAAGCAACACACAACUGGAGUCAAUGUUAUUGACGACGAUGAAGACUUUGAUAUGCACAGUCGGUUGAAAAGAUCUUUGAAGACUUCUCUUGCUGAAAAAAACGAAGGAGAUUUGGAUGAAUUCUCUCCAGAAUUGUUGGAGGAUUAUGGUGAAUACAAUAAAAGUAUCACUAGUAACAAGAAAACGCUCACAGACUCUUAUGUAAAUGCCAAAAACCUCCAGAGCGUUGGGAGGUUGGAACCAGGCCAAGGUAAACUCACUGCAUAUCUGUUGAAGAAAGGUUUGUUGACGCCAAAAGUGCUUCGUAAACUUCAAGAAGAAUGGUCGUUAGAAGCUGACUAUCAGAAAAAGAAGAAAAAGUAAUGACAAUUAAUUAAAAAGACUUUUUUUAUAGUUUAAAACAAUAAAAUAAAUUUCUAUUUUUAA